AUGUCUGCAGGCGGCCACAACGGCGAAGGCGGCGCUGCCCGAAGACAGUCGUUUUUGGACAUAGGCGGCCCAAACUCCAUCACCAAUUUCGCUUCCUCGCUUCAAAGAGCCCACAUCUACAUGGAACAGGCCGUGAACGACGGCGCUUCCAUGUAUGAGGGCCAGGCUUCGGGAGACUUGUCGCCAUGUACCUCUCCUCAGCCGGUAUUGCCGUAUGCUGGCGCCAACGGGACUUCUGGGAAGGGUGCUUCGAGCUAUGGAUCGACAGCCCAUAGUCAUAGACAGGGAGGGGGCUGUAGCGAACAGUUCCGUAAUUUCGACUUUCCCCAUGAUGAGGAAACCGCCGUUGCUGAGCCCUUGCAUAGAACGGCUAGCCGGCGUGAGAGUAUCUCAUCCACCGUAAUCGGGUUCGGCUCCUCCACCGCUCCACAAACGAUAUUCAACUCUGUAAACACGCUCAUGGGCAUUGCCAUGCUCUCGCUUCCAUUUGCGUUCCGGCUCACGGGAUGGGUGUUGGCGACGGUGCAGUUGUGCUUGGUGGCAUGGGUGACCAGUAAAACCGCCAAAAUCUUGGGCCUGAUCUUGCGUAAGAACAAGCACUUGUUUUCGUAUGGAGACAUUGCGUAUGCGUACGGCGGCAGUAAGUUCCACGCCUUCGCUACGUUCACCUUCACCUUGGAUCUUUUGGGUGCGCUCUUGUCCUUGGUCUUAAUCUUCGCUGACUCCUUUUCAAUUCUCUUUCCUCGCGUCAACGCCGUCGUCUUCAAGCUCUUAAUCGUGGCAGUGACCUUUGUCACGUCGUUUCUUCCUUUAUCGACUGUGUCUUUCAUCAGUUUGUUUGGAGUCAUGUGUUCCGGCGCUGUGUUGGUCUGUGUUGGGAUUUGUGGCUUUUUCUCGACGAAAACCCCUGGCUCGUUGCUCUAUCCUGCCGCCACCUCCUUGUGGCCUUCCUCUUUUCUGGAUAUCCUUCUCAGUUGGGGUUUGUUCAUGGCGCCCUGGGGUGGUCACCCUGUUUUCCCUGAAUUGUACAGAGACAUGCGCCAUCCUAGGAAGUACGACAUGUGCUGCAAUUCUGCGUUUCUGUUUACCUUCUUGCUGGACUAUGCAAUUGGUGCAGUUGGUUACUUGAUGUUCGGCGCGGAUGCGAAGGACUCUCUCACAAAGAACCUCAUGUCAAACAAGGCAUACCCUGACUGGGUGAGUCCAGCUUGUUGUACCCUUCUCGGUCUACUUCUGGCUUCGAAAUUGGCUCUUAUUGUGCGUCCUGUGAUCACGGUUGCUGAAAGACUCAUCCCUUCAAAAGAAUCCGAAUUCAUUACCUACAAGAACGGAUCCCGUGCAUCUGAGAGUCCUGUUAAAGCCAUUUUCGCGCGUAUAAUUGUCCUUUCGCUUGUUUUUGUUAUGUCCAUCCUAUUCACUUCCUUUGGCCAGAUUAUGGCUUUCUUUGGAAGCGCCAUCUGUUUCACAAUCUGUGUCACCCUUCCAUUAUUGUUCCACAUGAAGUUCAACAAGGAAGAGAUGUCCAUCUAUCUGAGAGGACUUACUGCUGUUGGUGUUGUUUUCGGUGUCAUCGGCGCCGUUGGAGGGACAUACGCUGCGGUUGUUGAAACCCCUUCGUAA